GAUUGGAAGAUUGAUGCAGCUGCUUUCCUCCGGUUCCAAUGCCCACGGUCAGCUCUCUAAUGGAUCGCUUGACGAUGCGCACUCUUUCGUAGCCUGCGGUUUCACGGGCACUAAUGGUCUCCCCGCAAGCGCAAGCGUCCUCGACCUCGCCUUUGGCGCGAAUCACACACUAGCACUGCUCAGAUUCGGCGACGACGCUGAGGCGCACACCGAGCUUUGGGGGUGCGGAGAUGGGCGCGCUGGGCAGCUUGGGACUGUGGUUGAAGAUGCCAGUAUUACGUCCUUCAGGCCGCUGGCGAUCGAAUCGUCGGGGCGUCGCCCCCGUCUCAUCGCGGCGUGCUGGGAGACCUCUUACGUCGUGAUGUCCUCACCAGGGCAGCCGGACGUGCUCAUUUCCAUGGGUGCGAACGACUUUGGUGAUCUCGGAAUCGGAGUGAAAAAUGGACCUGGCAAACGGCCCUCGCGUGAUCCUCACGUCGUCCCAUUCGAAUGCGUUCCUAGCGAAAUGCAGCAUGUAGACUGGAUAUCGACGGGACCCCACCACGUCGUCGUGAAACUGCGCACUGCGGAUGAUGCCAGUGUCCUCGUCGGAUGGGGUGCGUCAAGACACGGCCAGUUAGGCCCGAAUGCCCAAUCGCCUUUCGCCACUUCACCCUUGAUCAUUCCCUGCCCAGCGAUCGCCCACUCGGCGCUGGGUAACCAGCAUACACUGCUUGUCGACGAUCCCGGGCGCGUCUCUGGGCUAGGGUCGAACCGGAAACAGCAGCUUGAGAUCGGACUGUGGCUAAAUGCCGUCGAUCCCGUCGCUCAUUGCACAUGGAACGGGUCGUACGUGGAAGCGGGCGAGCCUGGGAACCGGACCGUCCUGUCUACUGGGAGCAACCUGCACGGCCAACUGGGGAGACCGCCAGAUGGACCGCUGGGCGCUGUCCGAUUUCCCUUCGAGCGCGAUGGCCGUCGACUCCUGCAGGUCGCGGCUGGCAGCGAGCAUGUCCUGGCCCUGUUCCGUGGAGAGUGCACGGAGGUCUGGGGAUGGGGAUGGAACGAGCACGGGAAUCUUGGCAUCGGGACUACCCAGGACGCUCACAUUCCUACCCUGGUAUGGGCUGGCCCUGCAAGCACGGAUGUGAGGAUAUGGGCUGGACUGGGAACCAGUUGGAUAUUGGUUCGCUAAUUGGUGCUCUUUCUCCGUACUGGUGCGCACGUAAUCCUAACGGCAACGCUGAGUCCUGAUUACAAUUGUGUAUUAUGUAUGUACUAGAGAUACAGCAUCACAUACACAUCGGAGAAAGAUAAUAUCAGUACAUGUAAGUAUCUGGGCAGGACGUUUCAUGUGUUGCGGCGGAACGGCAGGCGGGAAGCACUGUGGCUCCUUUUGGUGGUUUCGAGAGGAUCGGUGUGGCUCCGCUCGCUGGGCCGACCUGCUCUGCUGCUUGGGCGGGCCAGCUUCAUCAUCAUCCGCUUGAUGAGCGAGGGCUCCUUCGUCGGACUCUGUGGCUGCUGGGAGGCAUACAUCUGCAUCACCUCAGGCGAGAGAUGCAUUGGUGGGGGAUAGGCCGACGUCGGCGAGGCGGCGACCUGUCCACCAGGGUGGUAAAUAUAUCCUUUCGGGACGCGCUCUCUGCCUUGGGCGGUCUGACCGAAGGAGUGGCUGCGCUGGUGCGUCUGGAGGGGAAUCGGGGCUUGGACUUGGGCAGAAUAAGAGCGAUGAUGUUGAGGAGGUUGCAUCGCCAGAUGCGGCGGAGGUCGAUGAUACCCAGGGCCAGGCAUAGGAUACUGGUUCUGUGCCAUCGGAGGCAUCCCCCGUUGCGCAUACCCAGUUGGGUGCAUGGGAGCAGGCUGAUGAUAUUGGCCGUAAAAGGCCGCAGGCGGAGUAAUAGCAUGCGGCUGAGCAGCGACAGGCAGCUGGUGCCAGGCUCUCGCCUCCUCCGCGCUCACUGGGUAAUGCUCCGGAGGGGCGGUCCGGGGUCUCGCAGGCCCGGAGUGGCUUCGGCGCGGGAGUGGAUGCGCCAUCGGUGGCGGAAUGUCGAUGCGGAGGGGAGGAUCGCGUCUGCGGGAUUUAUCACGCGACUUGGCGCUCCGUUCGGUCUCCUGCGAGUCGGUGCGCUUCCGGCUGCGUUCCUCCUCCCGCGACGCCCCGCGCCGCCCCCUCCGCUCUUCGUCAUCGCGCGAUCUAGUUCUGUGGUGGUGGUAGUGCUCUUCUCGUUCCGCAUCCCGUUCGUGCGACUUGUGGCGGGCGCGAUAGACGCCUUCCCCGCCGUCCCCACCACCGUCGUGGGAGUGUGUCCGGCGGUGGCGUCUCGCGCCCGGCUCGUCCGCGUCUUCCACCUCGCGGAGCACGCUCGGCGAUGGCGUGGGCGCGGCUUCGGGAUUGACGAGGUAUCGGCGCCGCCUGGGUACGCUCGAGGCCCAGUCCCCGAUCUCGGCCUGCUUCUGAGUAUACGCGGUGUACGCUUCCUCGCUAAAGUCAUAUUCUGUCAUCGAAUCCGAAGAUGCCGCAGGCCAGCGAGAAGCUCGGUGGGAAGUCACAGAAUCACGGGCCUGCCAGUGAGGAUUAGGGGGAAUAGUCUAUGCCGUGAAGUAUCAGCUCGGUUGAUGCAGGCUGCGGGGAAGAUAACAACGAGUGGGGUGGGCACAGGGUAGAAAGGACGUCGACAUAACUGUGGGCGCCACGAAAAAGGUUCAUGGUCACCACGUGUUUGUCCAAAUAUAUCCGCGGGACUGUUGCUGUGAUGAUAGGGGCUGUUGCUACAGCCUGGUGGGCGGCGCCGCCGGCGCUGCUCACUCAAGGUAGAACCAACAUCCAUUCAGAAACUUUACUGCUAGCAGAGAAUCUUGGGUCCUUCGACUCGCGCCUACAAAGAAACAAAUGAUGGCCCAGCCAUACAAAUGGCCAACCAUCUCUGGGUUUUCUCAAUGGGGCUGAAAGGAUUGUUCUUUUUUCUCCGUUUGUCUAGGACUGAUGGGCGUAAUAUUCAUAGGAUUGACAUCCAAGUUCAGACCCUUAGAUGAGCACAAAGAGCAGGCAUAGUUCACACUAUAUGAAUAAUCGGGGUAGUGGAAUUGAAUUUAUGAUUUACUACAUGCGUACAUAAAUUCCCCCUCAGCCGCAAGAACAGCUUCACAGGAAAGAAAGCAGGGGGUUCCAAAAAUUGUCGUAAGCAUGAAGCAGACGAACGGUUCGGAUAUAAUUUGCAAUCAGCAAAAGACCAUGGAUCGGUGUUAACCUCACUUCCGAUGGUACGUGCCCGAGCACAAGAGAUGGGGAACACAAUCGUGGACUUGUGCAUUAUAUAGCCAGCGCUGAGCGUGCACGGACCACACACGUGGUCUCAGAACCUGAGGCUGUGCGCGCGAAUCGGCAAGCGGUCCGAAUCGAACCCCUCAUCCUCCUCGAACUUCGACCAGAAAUCCCUCGAAGCCGUGGAGUCACGGCAUUUGAAUUCAUCCCGUCCCCUGUGACCUGCACCCUCUCUGCGGCACAGAGAUCUUGCGUCGCGCGCCGGGCGCAGGACCGCACCACCUGACCGCUUUGCACCGCGCCAAGCGCUGACUCACCCGCUGUGUUGAGAAAGAAGCAGCAGCCGCUACUCAUCUCAUCUUACCGACACCGACCCGGCCCAGCCUUCACUGAUGUCCUGAUUCGUCGCGCAGAUUUGCCAUAAUUUUAUGCAAUGCAUUUCCCCACGGGAGCAGGUCAUCUGCCCCCGCAUUUCUCCAGCACGCGAUAUGGGGCCGAAGGGCGGGGUAUAAAAAGCCGGGAAGAAGAGAGACGUGUCUGUCCUGCGACACGAUGCUGGGCUUGCAGACAAAUCUCAAGCAGUUGCUUGCUCUGCUUUUGCUCAUCGGCGCGUCCGAUGCGGAGAGCUACACCGGUCCCUACGCUGACGGCGGCUCGUGGACCAAAGGAUUCCAUGAAGCCAAGGCUCUGCUCGCUCAGAUGACGAUCCCUGAGAAGGUGAACAUCACGACUGGAUUCCCCGGCCUGUGCGCGGGGGUGACAGGCGAGGUGACGCGUCUCGGGAUCCCGGGAUUCUGUCUGCAGGACGGGCCGACGGGCGUGCGCCCCGCGCGCCGCGUCUCGCAGUUCCCUGCGGGCAUCACGACCGCUGCGACGUGGAGCCGCGACCUGAUCGCGGCGCGGGGCACCGCCCUCGCGCGCGAGUUCCACGACAAGGGCGUGAACAUCUGGCUUGGCCCUGUCACCGGUGGGCCCAUGGGACGCAGUCCGUUUAACGGCCGGCUUUGGGAAGGUUUUGGCCCUGACCCGUAUCUCCACGGCGUCGCGUCAUUUCUGACUGUCAAGAGCGCGCAAGAUGAAGGCGUCGUCACCUGUUCCAAGCACUAUCUUGCUUACGAGCAGGAAACAUACCGGAAGCCGUUCCACGUCGACGAUGUCGCGCUCUUCCCGCCCAACCCCAUCUCAUCGGACCUGGACGACAAGACGGCUCACGAGCUGUACAUCUGGCCGUUCGCCGAGGCCGUGCGCGCCGGAUCAGGGACGGUCAUGUGCUCCUACAACGAGAUCAACGCGACGCACGCGUGCGCGAGCGAUCCGGCACUCAACACGCUGCUCAAGAAGGAGCUCGGGUUCCAGGGCGCGGUGGUCUCGGACUGGGGUGGAACGUGGGACACGCAGAACUCGGCGCUGUUUGGGCUCGAUGUGUCGAUGCCCGGGACGGGCUUUGCUGGACGGUACGGAAACUUCUUUGGAGCUGAAUUGGUUGCGCUUGUCGAAAACGGGACUAUCCCGGAAAAACGAUUGGAUGACAUGGUUCUGCGUACGCUGGCCCCCAUUCUCGAGUUGCAAAACGUGAAAACAUGGCCCCGGCCUACAUUCAACCAGUCCGAUCUCACCGUCCCUACCAACAACGUCCGCCGGGACCACUACAAAAUCAUCCGCCAAAUCGCGCAGGAGGCGAUCACGCUCGUCAAGAACGACCGCACGGGCGGACGCGGACUCCCGCUCGCCGCUCCUGCCGACAUGGCCUCGCUGGCUGUGAUCGGCCAGGACGCCGGCCCAGCUCCAUUUGGCAUGACAGCCUGUGGGUCUGGCGGCAACAACUGCCUUGCGGGGGGCAACAACGGUACGGUGACUAUGGCCGGGGGCAGUGGAUUCGCCUACCCGCCGUACACGAUCGAUCCGCUGGCAGCGAUCAACGCGUACGUCGCUGCAGACGGACCGGAUAUCAAUCAGCAUCUGGAGAACUACAACUUGACGGCGGCGGCGCUGCAGGCCAGUGUCUCUGAGGCUGCGAUUGUGUUUUUGAGCGCGUUUGCGUCGGAGGGAUACGACCGGGCCAAUCUCACGACAUACCCGAACGGCGACGCGCUCGUGCAAGCCGUUGCAGCGGUGAACAAGAAUACGAUCGUGGUCUUGCACGUUCCGGGUGCCGUGAUUGUUGAGGACUGGAUCGAUCAUCCGAAUGUGACCGCUGUACUCGUCGCCCAUCUGCCGGGUCAAGAGAGCGGGAGCAGUCUUGUGCCUGUGCUUUGGGGAGAAACCUCGCCUUCCGGGAAGCUCCCGUAUACAUUCGCCAAGAGCGUCUCCGCAUCUGGUGAUCAGACUGGCCGCCCAAUGGGAUCGUAUUCGACCCCGUCCCCGCUCCCCAAGCCAACUUCACGGAGAAACUGCUCCUCGACUACAAGGCACGGUGCGGUUGGCACUGAGAUGGACGGCGUACUGACUGUACGCACGCAGUGGUUCGACGCGAAGAACAUCACGCCGCGCUUCGAGUUUGGCCUCGGACUGAGCUACACAACGUUCUCCUUCGGGAAACUGAGCCUGCAGAAGAGCUUCAAGGCCGACAGCACGUCCGUCCAGCCGACCGCCGAGCCGUUCGUGAAGCUUGCGUCGGAUUCUGGCAAGAGCAUGUACGAUGUGUUAUACACGGCUUCUGUGUCCAUCAAAAACACCGGGAAGGUCGCGGGCGCCGAAGUCGCCCAGCUCUAUGUUUCGUUCCCAGCCGCUGAAGACCAGCCGCCGCGCGUGCUGCGCGGUUUCGACAAGCUGAGCCUGAAACCGGGGCAGCAGGGCACUGCGACGUUCGAGCUGACGCGGAAGGAUCUGUCGGUGUGGGACGUGAGCGCGCAGAAAUGGAGAGUUCCCAAGGGCUCGUUCACGCUAUCCGUCGGUGCGUCCAGCCGCGAUCUGCGCUCGGAGGUCGUGCACGCCUUUGCGUGAUGAUGGGGUUGACGAUGAGUGUGUAUUGUAACUGUAUAUAGUAAGGCACAGUGGAUGGGGUAGGUUUCUUUUGUGCUGUAUGUGCAUACCCCAUCUUGUGAAUAUCCAUCGAGUGAUCCG